AUGCCCACAAGUGGGAUCCCCUCCACUUCCUUCUCUUCCAGAAGGAGCGUGGUGAAGAUGGCGGCGCCGAAGUCAACACCGAGUGAUCUCUUCAAAUGCGUGUAUUCCUUUCUGCUGGAGAACAAGUUCACCAAGGCGGCCCAGCAGUUCCAGAAACAGACUAAAGUGGCUCAACAAGAUCAAAAUGAAGAAAGCCUCGUGAACAUCUACAACUUCUGGGUGAAGUCUCCUGAAGCCAGGAAACGAAAAGCAACUCAAGAUACAAACAGCCCAUCUGCCAAGAAAGCAAAAGCCAGCGCAGAGAGCUCCAGCAGCGAAGAGUCGAGCAGCGACGAUGAGGAAGCUGUUGCAAAACCAACCAAGGCAGCCCCUGCAGCAGCCAAGGUGGUGCCUGCUAAAGCAGCAGUAGCUGCCAAAGCUGCAUCCAGCAGCAGUGAAGACUCCAGUGACUCUGAGGAGGAGAAAGCACCUGCAAAGGCUCCUGUAAAGGCUCCUGUGAAGCCGCCUGCUGCGAGGAAGAAAGACAGCAGCUCUAGCAGUGAGGAGUCAGAUUCUGAGGAUGAGCAGCCCGCCAAAGCCCCUGCAUCAAAACCCAAGGCAGGUGCAGCCACAGCACCCAAACCAGCGGUUCCUGCUAAAGGUGCAGCGCAGAAGAAGCAGGAGAGCAGCAGUGAGGAUAGUUCCUCAGAUUCUGAAGAUGAAGAAACAGCCAAGGCUCCAGUCAAACUGGCUCCAGUCAAACCUGCCCCAGUAAAGACUGCUGCAGCUGCUGCUGAAUCAAGCAGUGAAGACUCUUCAUCUGAAGAUGAGGCUCCGCCUAGCAAAAAACCCAAAGCAGGAGCAUACAGCGCAGUCCCACCUCCUGCUUCAGUCCAGAAAGCUGCGGCUGCACCAGCAGCCAGCAAGGCCGAGGACAGCGACUCUUCAGACAGUAGUGACGAUAGUGAUGAGGAAGAAGAGAAGAAAGUAGCUGCGAAACCUGCACCAGUAAAGACCACUGCUGCCAAACCUGGUAUUUCCAAACCUGCUGCGAAGAAGCAGAAAUCCAGCUCUGAGAGCUCAGAUUCGAGUUCAGAUGAUGAGGAGGCAAAGCAGCCUGCAGCCAAAGUCACCCCAGCUAAAGCAGCCCCGGUCAAACCUGCCCCUGCCAAGGGUGCACCUGCUAAAGACUCAGACUCAGACUCAUCAAGUUCAGAGGACGAAGAGGAGGUGAAGAAACCUGCAGCGAAGGUGACUCCCGCUAAGGCUGCUCCGGCUAAACCUGUUGCAGCUAAAGUUCCGCCUGCUAAAGAAGACUCCUCCUCAGAGGAGGAUUCCAGUUCAGAGGAGGAGGAGGAGAAGCCAAAGAAGCCCGCAGCUAAACCUGCACCUGCCAAGACCACCCCAGCUAAAAAAGAUGACUCCUCAAGCUCAGAUUCAGAGAGCAGCUCUGAAGAUGAGGCUCCAGCAAAACCUGCCACCAAAACUGCAGUCAAACCUACUCCUGCUGCUGCUUCGAAACUCCCAGCCAAGGCAGCAGAGAGCAGCUCUGAGUCAGACUCCUCCUCUGAGGAGGACGAACCAGUAAAAGCUAAGCCAGUGUCUAAACAGGCUGCCCCGGCUUCAAAGCCUCCUGCUGCAGCAGAGAGCAGCUCAGACUCCGACUCCUCCUCUGAGGAUGAGGAAGAACCAGCUAAAGCUAAACCAGCUACCCCAGCUUCAAAGCCUGCUACUCCUGCAUCAAAGCCUGCUACUCCUGCAUCAAAGCCUGCUACCCCUGUUGCAAAGCGUCCCGCAGCAGCGGAGAGCAGCUCAGAUUCUGACUCCUCUUCUGAAGAUGAAGAAGAACCAGUCAAGACUAAACCUGCAGCAAGUAAACCAGCUACACCAGCCUCAAAACCUGCUACUCCUGCAGCAAAGCCUGCUGCUGCAGCAGAGAGCAGUUCUGACUCUGACUCCUCCUCAGAGGAUGAGGAAGAACCUGUGAAAGCAAAGCAAGCAGCAGCACCUAAACCAGCUACCACACCUACAAAACCCGCAGCAAAGCCCAAGCCAGCAGCGGACAGCAGCUCUGACAGCGACAGCUCGGAUUCUGAAAAUGAGGCAGCCAAACCUGCAGUCAAGAAACAAGCUCCAGCAGCAGUGGCCAAGAAAUCUGCCCCUGCUGUCAGCAAGCCCCCUGCAGACCCCAGCGAUGACAGUUCUAGUGAUGAGGAGGAGCCCAAGAAGGCAGUGGCGGUACCCAAGCCUGCAGCUGCAGCUCCAACAAAAAAGGCUGAGGAGAGCAGCUCAGACUCCUCGGACAGCUCUGAUUCAGAGACGGAGACCAAGCCCACCCCUGCUAAGCCUGUGGUCACCAACGGCAAGGCAGCCACCCCAGCAGCUAAGGCUCCAUCAAAGCCAGCAGAGUCCUCAUCCAGUGACAGCAGCUCUGAAGAGGAAGAGGAGCCUAAUAAAAGUAGUGUAAAACCUGCAACGCCUGCUGCAACAGCCAAGACAGCCCCAGCAGCUAAAGCUAAAGAGAGCAGCAGCAGCAGCAGCAGCUCCUCAGACAGUUCAUCAGAUGAAGAGGAAGCACCAAAAAAAGCGGCCACAGCGCCCACCACCCCCGCAACAAAUGGUACCAAUGGAAAGACAAAUAGAGAUGAAGAAUCAUCGGAAAGUGAUGAGGAAGAGACAGAAGUCAAGACACCAAAAAAUAAGAAAGCAACAACCACACCACAAACAUUUCCUAAAGCCAACAAGAAGUCUUCCAACGUACCCUUCCGUAGAAUAAAAGAGGAAGAAGUAGCCGUCGAUCCCCGUCUUGCAGACAACUCUUUUGACGCAAAGCAUGGAGCCAUGGGGGACUGGGGCCAGAAAGCUAACGAUGUGCUCAGGUUCACAAAAGGCAAAUCAUUCCGCCAUGAAAAGACAAAGAAGAAGAGGGGAAGCUACCGCGGUGGAGCCAUCUCCACCUCAGUUAACUCCAUUAAGUUUGACAGUGACUGAGGACCUUACUGCCACCUGGACUGCGCUUUAGUUGUGUGAUCAGGCCUAUCAGUUCUCUGCUUCUUCCCCCUGCAAACAGUCCCUCCAUCAUCACCAACCAACUGCAGCAGCAGCAGCAGCAGCAGCACACUGACAGAGGAAUGGGACCCAUAGAGUUGAUCUGGCACUUGCAAUUAGUUAGUUACCCUUCGUUUUGUAAUGGAGACCAUUUAUUUGAUCCCUGAUCUGAAGCAGUGUGUGGAGCUGCAGGUGAGACAUGUUCCAGCUGUGACUUCAGACAGGUUGACAUCCAUGUGACAUUACCACUUAUAGCCACUAGGUGGCUGCAGGCCACCUGUAAUGUUAAACAGCCAACAUGUGCCCCCCCCCCCCCCCAAAUUUUGUUUUACUUUACCUGUACUUUAUCCUCAAAUGUCUUGUCAAUCUUUGUGAGACCUUGUUCAUUUAUCCGUGUAUUAAUGACAGCCACACCUCCCGACAGGUUCUUUAUGUUAAAAGGCUGGCGUUUUUGUUUUUUUCUUUUUAGUAAUCACAUGGAGUCUGUUUGUUAGUCAAUUUUUAUUUGGCCACAUUUGAAUGUGGAAAGGGUGUGUGCUGGGUUUUUGUCCUUACAUAACAUGAACAUUUGGAGAGUAAAACUGAGUUUUAUACUGUGUAUUUAUUAAGUUUUAUUCCAUUUCAUCCUUUAGGACCUUUCAAGCCAUCUCAAGUUAUUCUUGAUCCAUUUUGCAUUGAACCUAUUGUUUCCUCUAAUGUCAUGAUACCCUGUCAAAUCCUCCCUGACCUCUUCAUCAGUGGUAUGGAAUUUAUUAUUCACAAACAUAACUGAGAGCCAUGCUUGUUUCAAUUGUUUGAAUUUACUGUACAUGCUUUUGAGUACCUCUUAUUUUUUAUUGUUAAUUCUUGUAGUGGUAAUUAAAGACCUAACAGAUUAAAUGUUGGUGUGACUGGAAUAAUCACUUUGAGACUUGUUUCCCUACAAAUUGAUUUGUCUAAUUUGUCAUCUGUUAGAGCAGAGGCAGUUUCCAACUGAGCCGUGUUCACUUGGUUGACAGUGUUACAUACACAGAAGUGGGGAGGAAGUCAUUGUUUUUAGUAGGCAUACACAAUUACAAGCUGUUUAGUCCAUCUGUUGUGACAAACAUGCCUACUGUCAUUAGCUCUGUUAUAAAGU